AGAUGGCGGCGGCGUCUGAGGGGAGCGGGCCCGGAGCGGGGCCCGGGCGGGACCCCCGGGGGGACCCCCGAGCGGAGCCCCGGGAGGAGCCCCCGGAGGAGCCGCCGGCGGGGCCCGAGCGCAGCCCCGAGGAGGAGCUGCCGCCGCUGAGCCCCGCCGAGGUGCGGAGCCGCCUGGAGCACAGCGAGCGGCAGCUCCGCAACCGGCGCAAGGUGCUCAUCAAGGGGCUGCCCCCAGACGUGACCAACCAGGAAGUCCACGAGCUGCUGAGCGACUACGAGCUCAAGUAUUGCUUCGUGGACAAGCACAAAGGAACGGCCUUCGUGACCCUGCAGAGCGCGGAGCAGGCGUCCCAGGCCGUGUCUCGCCUGGCCGGGCGCGCCCUGCGCGGGCGGGAGCUGCGGGCGCAGCUGCAGGCUCCGGACUCGCUGCUGUGCGUGGCCAACCUGCCGCGGCUGCUGCCCCAGCGGCGCUUCGAGGAGCUGGUGCGGCCCUUCGGCAGCGUGGAGCGCUGCUUCCUGGUGUACAGCGCCCGCACGGGGCACUCCAAGGGCUACGGCUUCGUGGAGUACAUGAAGAAGGACUCGGCGGCGCGGGCGCGCUCGGGGCUGCAGGGCCGGCGCCUGGGCACCCGCGCCCUCCUCGUGCACUGGGUGGACGAGGCCCAGCUGGGCCCCGAGCGGCUGCACUCGCGCUGCCUCUGCGUGGACAAGCUGCCCCACGGGUACAGCGACAUCAGGGGGCUCAGGAGGGUGUUCGAGGCCGUCAGGGAGCCCACAUUUUGUGAGCUGGCCUACGGGCAGGACGGGCAGCUGAAGGGCUUUGCCGUGCUGGAGUUGGAGUCCCCGGAAUGGGCCGAGCGAGUCCAGGAGGCCACGGACGGAUUUCCCUUGGCCGGGAAUCACAUCCGGGUGUCCUUCUGCGCCCCCGGCACCCCCGGCAGGAGCGCCCUGGCCGCCCUCAUCGCCGCCCAGGCCACGGCCCUGAACCGCGGGAAGGGGCUCCUUCCCGAGCCCUCCCUGCUGCAGAUCCUGCGGAGCCUCGGCAACCCCACCUCGCUGCAGCUGCUGCUCCCGGCCCUGCUCCACGGAAAACAGGCAGGAAUUCUGGGAGCGGCUCCCUCGGUGCCCCCCCUGAGCCACCCGGCCCUGUCGGCGGCGCUGCUGGGGCUGGCCCUGCACGGCCCCUCCCAGAAACCGGGAAUUCUGGGCGAUUCCCCGCUGAGCUCCCUCCCCCUGGGCCUGGCCCAGCCCCCCCCAGGGAAGCUCCUGGGAGACAUUCCCGCAGGAGGCCCCUUGGCGGGGGAGCUGCCCCAGGGACCCGGCAAAUCCCAGGGAAUUCCAUCCCAGGGGAUCCCAUCCCAGGGCAUUCCCGGCGGGAACGCGGCCCUGGCGGCGCUCCUGGCGCAGGUGGGGGCGGAGCGGGACAAGCCGGGAUCGGGAUCGGGAUCGGCCGGGACCCCCCUGGGACCCCCCGGGCUUGGACACCCCCCAGGCGGAGCCACCCCCAAAGCCAAGCAGGGAGAGGUGUCCCUGCUGGGGGAGCCCCCCAAGGAGUUCCGGCUGCCUGAACCCUACCUGAACCUGCGCAGCCUCCUGCCCAGGAGCUGCCAAAGGGUUCAAGGGCCGACCCCAGCCCCAGGGGUCAAGACCCCCAGGAUGGGCCCCGCUGACCCCCCCGGCCCCGCCGACGCCUUCGACUUCCAGCCGGAUUUGAGCUCCAGGAUUUUCCCCCAAGCCCGAGACCCCUCCGGGCCCAUCCUGGGGGGCUUCGGGCCCAGCAGGAACAAGGUCCCCUCCCCGUGCCCUGGCCUGGACAGGGGGGUUUUGGGGCCCCCCCUGGCCCCGUUUUUCUCGGGCUCCCCCAGUUCCUGCUUCUCCAGCGGCCUCCAGGCUGGGCUCAGCCAGAGCCACCUCAGCAAGACCAUCGGGAUCCCCCCGAACUCCCCGGACACCGUCCUGACCUUGGCACCCCCAACCCCCCAUUCCAAGACCCCCCUGGGGGGCCACAAAAGGGCCUUUUCCCACCUGCUGCCGUCGCCGGAGCCGAGCCCCGAGGGCUGUUACGUGGGGCAACAUUCCCAGGGCCUGGGGGGCCACUACGCCGACUCCUACCUGAAGAGGAAGAGGAUAUUUUAGGGGAAAACCCCCCAAAAAUCAACCCCAAAACCUCCCCUCCAGGCUGGAAAUCUUGGGCAAAAAAAAAAGGGGUCAUUUGGGUUUUAUUUUGGGUUUUUUAGAGGUUUUUUGCCAGUUUUUAAAGGGAGUUUUCCAGAGUUUGACACCUCCACUCUAAAAGAUUUUUUUUGGGGGGGGGGGGUUGAGCCACCCCCUAAAAGAUUUUGGGGUUUUGGAGCCACCCCCUAAAAGAUUUUGGGGUCUUGGAGCUCCUCCCUAAAAGAUUUUGGGGUUUUUUGAGCCACCCCUAAAAGAUUUUGGGGUUUUUUUGAGCCACCCCCUAAAAGAUUUUGGGAUUUUAAAGCUCCUCCCUAAAAGAUUUGGGGUUUUGGAACCACCCCCUAAAAGAUUUUUGGAUUUUAAAGCUCCUCCAUAAAAGAUUUUGGGGUUUCUUUGAGUCACCCCUAAAAGAUUUUGGGAUUUUAAAACUCCUCCCUAAAAGAUUUUGGGGUCUUUGAGCUCCCCCCUAAAAGAUUUUGGGGUUUUAAAGCUCCUCCCUAAAAGAUUUUGGGGUUUUUUUGAGCCACCCCCUAAAAGAUUUUGGGGUCUUGGAGCUCCUCCCUAAAAGAUUUUGGGAUUUUAAAGCUCCUCCAUAAAAGAUUUUGGGGUUUUGGAACCACUCCCUAAAAGAUUUUGGGAUUUUAAAGCUCCUCCCUAAAAGAUUUUGA